GGGAGAAGAGGCGGCAGCGGCAGCAACCGCUGCCUGUGCCGUGCGCUGGUGCCGCCCCCAUUAUGGCGACACGGUAGAGGAGCGGCUGCGCCGCGGUGACCGCCCCCUCCCGCCUCCCGCGGCACAGGCACAGGCACGGCGCGCCGCGGGCGAGCGAGCGGCCUCGGCGGCGCCGCUGCCGCCGCUGCCCCCCACACAGCUCCGCGGCGGAGGAGGAGGAUGGCGGCGGCCGCAGCAGCAGCAGCAGCGCCGGGGCCGAGCCGCCGCGCAGCGGGAGCCAGCACCGUCCCGAGCGGCUCAUGGUGGCGCCCCAGACCCGCGAGCAGCGGCCGCGCCGGGGCCGCGAGCUGAGCCGGAUCCCAGCGGGCGGCUCUCCCCUCUCGAAACCGACCCACCGAGCGACCCGUCUCCCUCUCCCCUCCCGCGGCGCGACCCUCGCCUCGGAUCGCCCCUGCCGGGGCCGGACUCCCGCCGCCCGCAGGCGCCGCGGGGAAGGCGGCGGCGGCGGCGAAGGGCACCGGGCAGCGCCAGGCGGCGGCGGGACCAUGGGCGCGAAGCAGAGCGGCCCGGCUGCCGCCAAUGGCCGCACCCGGGCGUACUCGGGCGGGGAUUUACCUUCCUCCAGCGGCGGCGGCGGCGCUAACGGGACCGGCGGGCGCUCGGCAGGCGCCGGCGGGCGAUACACGCACCCGGCGGCCGCGGCGUCUCAUGCCGCUCCCGGCGGCUCGGCGGCGGCAGGAGGAGCGGCGGCGGCGGGGGGCGCCGCGGGGUCGGCACCCCGCAGCAGGUCCCUCAUGGGGGCGACCGCCUCCGGGGCCCGGGCCGCGCAGUCCGCCUUCAACAUCCCCCACAGCAGCGGCCCCUACGGCUCGCAGGACUCGGUCAACAGCACCCCGGAGGAGGGCGGCCGGGAGCGGCCCGCGGGGGGCGGCGGCGGCGGCUCCAGCGGGCCCCGGCUGGUGAUCGGCUCGCUGCCCGCUCACCUCUCGCCGCACCUGUUUGGAGGAUUCAAGUGCCCUGUAUGUUCAAAAUUUGUAUCUUCUGAUGAAAUGGAUUUACAUCUUGUGAUGUGUUUGACAAAACCAAGGAUAACCUACAAUGAGGAUGUGCUGAGUAAAGAUGCUGGGGAGUGUGCAAUAUGCCUGGAAGAGCUGCAGCAAGGAGAUACUAUAGCACGGCUGCCUUGCCUCUGCAUAUAUCAUAAAGGCUGCAUAGAUGAAUGGUUUGAAGUAAAUAGAUCUUGCCCUGAGCAUCCAUCAGAUUAAGACAAGAUUCAUGUUUUUAGGUAAUAUUUUUAGCUGCUUCCACUGAUCAGAAGACAUAGGAGAUUGAGGUUCCCUCGCUGAACACAGCGUGCCUGGCUUGAGACUUAUGGUUCUUUGUGGCUGAAAAAGGCAAAUAUGGACAGUGACAGGGAAUAAGCAUUGCAGAGACCAGUUACUUGCCAGUAGUGCUCAGAAUACCAAACACUCAUGCAAAGGACACACAGGGAUUUUGAAAAUGCUGCACAUUCUGUAACAAUCUACUCCCCACAGACAUUAUUGAUGCUAUUUUGUAUUGGAAGGCCAAAGUUCCUAAUUUCAGCCCAGCUUCUGGUUCUGUGAAGAAGCAGAUUAUUGGACACGUUUCCUACUGCCUCAAGUGGAAGCUGAGACGUUCCAUACAUGCUGUCUGAGACCUGUGCAGGAGGAUGGCCCCGUUUUUGAGAGGGAACGUUUUCACCUUCUUAUUGGCUGAAGAAGAGUAAAUGGCAAACUAAAUAAAACAUAAUCUAACAGUGUGACCUUAUUUACUGAAAUCACAUCCUAUUGUAUGUUCUUCACUUUUUUCAAGAACAGAAAACAAACUUCUCUGCAUAGGAAUACUAUAUUUCAAAGUUUUGUAACUGAACCUUUGUCACAAUGCAGUCCAAAGAGUAAAACCAAGACAGGUAACUAAUUUAUAUUGAUCAAGCUAUAGGGAUUGUUGAAAUCUGCACAUUGUAUUGCUAUUUAAGUAAUUAAAACUUCUCUUUUACUGCUUGUGAGUAAAACUGAAAAAGAAAUGCAGCAAAGCAAAAUCUUAUAGCUAUGCAACUUUUUUUUAAUAGGAAAAAAAAGAAGAAUUACGAAUUUUAAGUGCUGCCAGUUAAGGUAAUUUGUUUAACGGGUAUUUUUUUAAAAACUGUUUCAGGUAAUUAUUUUAUUGUACUACUCUCAUCUCCAGGCUGCCUCCUGAGGUGUAAACGAAUAACUGCAAAUGUGGGCACAGCAAGAGUUUUUUGUAGGCAUGGGUGAGGUAACAUCGAGGUGGGAUUUGUGUUUAAUUUUUAAAACACUUAUGCACAAGCUUUUUUUGUUUUCUUAUUUUAAUAUUUUUUCAUGGCAGAAUCUGUAGUAGUUUGCAUCUAAAUCAUUGGUCUCUUCAUGUGAAGACCGGCAUUUGACAGUGUGGUUUGUUUGUUUUUUUAAAAAGGCACCUGCAUUUGUUUAAUUUAUUAUUAUUUUACUAUAUUAUAUUGGUAUAACCAGGGCUCCAUGAAAUGUAGGAUGUAUCUGGACAAGUACAUCAAGUAAAACUGUGGAUAAGUAUUAGUUCCCAUAAAGUAUCAAAGUUCAAAAAAAAAAAAAAGGACAAAAAACUGGAACAAAUAUCAGGGCUUCGAAGCAUGCUUUUUAUAUCAAGAAUUAAUUCAUAGUUUCUGAAUUUCACAGUACAGGGAAGAGUUUGUGAAUAUUUAUUAGUGACAGAAGUUUUAGUGGUUUCAGUAGUUAAAAUAAAUUGCGCAACACGUUAAAUGUUUUUCUUGUGCAUAUGUAAUUCUGCUUUCCUUUUUUGUUUAAGUACAUAUUUCUCUCUGUUGCUACUGUGAUUCAUAUCAAAAAGAGCAAAGAACAGUAGCAACUGCUGCUAUCCAGGAAAACAAGUGCAUUGCAUGUUGUUAGACUCCUGCCUUGCUUGCAGAGUGAUUCUUGACUGGAUAACAUUUUCCCCGAAUGUUGCUCUGUGAAAUGCCUUUGUUGAGCUGCAAAUCUGAAGGAGUCCAACCUAGAUAACAGUCAUGAUCAAUGGUGCGGUUUCUGCAUUUUUUGGCUUGCAUAACUGGUUUCAACUGAACCUAUAACUAUGGGGCCCUAUUGUAUUCCCUUUUUCAGUGGGAGCAGAACCAUUUUGUCAUACUUUCAAUUCUGUAGUCACAUCAAAGAUACAGUAAUUUCCUGUACAGGUUCCUCUUUAGCAGAGAAUCAUUGUGUUGCCUUGUAUUAUCAUUAAGGGGCGAAAAAUUACAGCACCUGUAGUAUUUUAACAGUGACGUGGCCUGGAGGUCCACUUUUCUGAUGUUUUGAAUUCUUUCUAUCUUCUGAAAGUAAAGCAUUUGCAUUGAUUUAAUGUUUACUGUUGGCUUCAUGCCUACAGGAACUGAUCUGUAGUAUAAAGGAGGUAGGUUAGUGUUCUGGUGUCCCAUGCUCCAAGGUCAUAGAUAGUCUUUGGCUUGGGGAUUAAGUAGAUAAAUAUUUAUAGACAUAAAUUUGUUUACAACUUAAGCUCAGUUUCUGUAGUUCAUAUUUUAGUACAUUUGCUGGGUUUUUUUGUAAACCUUGAUUUUUCUGCAGUCAGAUGCAAGUAGAUGGUUCAAAGACCCGACAGUCAUCACUGCUGACCUAUGCUUAGAGCCAGUGUUUGAAAAGCGUGCCACUAGCCAUUGCUCUGAUCUGCAGUUUUGUAGGCAAGAGUGGGCCCAGCUGAGCAGCAAUACUUUGGAUUGUUUGUUACGAGGUCAGCCUUAGAUCCUAGUUCUGCAUUCCUGGUAUAUAUAAACCUCCUUUCAAAGCCUAUGGAUAGUUGGCUUGUAUCAAAACCUGUAAUAUGGACCAAGCGUAGAAUGACCCUGGAUGCGUAAGACUGGUGCUUAGGUUUGAAAACUCCUGUAGAAAUUCACCUGCAUUAAGCUUUCUAUCACCAGCUAUGUUGCUUGGUUGGAGAUGAACGCACUGUAUACAUAGCUCUAGUCAUUGGCAACACCUUCAUUUUAAAAACAUCCUCGCAGUGGUCCUGAAUCGUUUUGUUUCAAAAGGGGGAAAAAAGAGCAAACAGGAGUCCUGUGUUGCAGCUGAGGAAUACCAUGCUUGUCCACAAGAAGCAAUAAGUUAAAUUAGGGUGCGAUAUGCUUCUUUGCCUGUAAAUAUAUUGAAAUUGCCAAUUCUAUGUUGUUUCAGAAUAUUUUCUGUCAUCUGGCCUAUAUCUUCUCGAAGUACGUAAGGGUGUGAAGCAAUUUCCAUACUCAGGUCUGCCAUUAACAUGCUGCUUGCCAGAAGGGGAAGAGUAGACACAGCACUGUCUUGAAAUGUGAGGUUUUUCUGAGCUUGUAACAUAACUGUGUCUUGAGUAGCAAUUUUUUUUUUCUAAAGUUAAUAGUGGAGGUGGCUAUGAUUUGGAUUGUAUAUAACUGUACUCCAUACAAUACCAAGAGAGCCAUGCUACUGUCAGUACAGGGCACUGAUUAUCCUGUUUUUUAUAAAUCAGUACAUCUAUAAUAACAUUUUUCUUUUGAACUAGUCAGCUAAUUUUCUUUCAACAUGUACAUUAGAUGGUAAGUUCAAUGGGACAUAGGAAAAAUAUGAAGCACACUGCAAACUUGCAGUAUUUUAUUUUUGGGAAGGGUAAAGUGUUAAGACAGAUGGUCUUGUUUGUAAUCAGUUUAAUUUUCAUAUUUGAGGGUAAGCGUACUGCAGUAUUUUUAAAUGGAAAAUUUGUAGGUAAUGUACAAAGAUGUGGGUUGGUACUUGUGACCUUUUUUCUCUCUCUGCUCCCCCUCUUUAUGAUAUAAAGGGGGUUUUAUGACUUAAUCUUGAGAUUUAUAUACUUAUCCUAGUUCUUAAUGUUAGGAGUACUGGCUUUUUAAUUAAAUGUUUGCUGAAAGACUGGAGAGCUAGUAAACCUGACUCCCAGAAGACUAAAAUCUCAGCAAAUGUGGAAAAGAUAAUUUUUAGUCAGAAAUAUGGAUCUUUGGUGUUUAUAGGUGGCUAAUGUCUAAUACACAAGAUGUGUUUAUGGACGUUUUUAGUAUGUCGUCUUUUCCAUUUGAGGGCUUCAGAAACUCACUCCAUUUUUUUUUUUUUUUUUGUGUACCACCAAAAACAGAGAACUUGGCACUUGAAUAUUCUUGCUAUCUCUAAGAAAACAGCAACAAAGGAUAUGUUGGUUCUGGUGCAGGCCAUGAUAUCUCUGAGUUUCUGUGAACUUUAGCUGCUUUGUCACAUUGAAAAAAGAAUAUGUGUGUGUAAAUCUGGUAUUGCCGUUUUGUAUCUGCUGAUUCUGAUGUACAGUGGAGCUUCCUGAGAAGAGACUACCAAAUAUCCUGGAAUGCAGAAAUGCCACUACGGGAUCUUGCAACUUACCUUUGCCAGUGGGGGAUUAGCUCAUUUUUUCCAAUCAGUGCUACAUUUCGUGAUUCAGUUUCCACUCCUCAAAGCCUAAAACUCCUUUUAUUAUCAGUUUCUUCCCUUCUUCCUCUCUGAAGAAAUUAUGCUUUUUUAGGGCCUCAUCCCCUUAAUCUUUGGAAAUGCUUUCCAUUGGCAUCAUUAAGAGUAAAGCAUGAGAAUGUAGUUAGAAGAGAAGGGCUUGUUUUGCUACCACCCAGCCAAAUGCAUUUGGGUUUUUUUCUGGUUUUUUUUCCCUUCUUCCUGUAGCAUUGUCAUCAGCUUGUACCACUAAAGUUUUUGUCAUCCAAAAUACUCCAUGUGAGAAAUUCACAUGAGAACCAUGGCCAGUUUCUGCUUCCUAAAUGCAAAACUUCUGCAGUGUUUUUCUGUAUAAAUUAACAGAGGCACUGUUUGCGCCUGAAAUCAGAUUGAAGAUGGUUUAGCCUGUUGAAAAAGAACAGUCCUGCGAGACUCUCCAGUUGCAUUUGGUUAUGUUGUGAGACCUGUCCUACGAUUUGGUUUGCUUCUCAAGUCACUGCAUAGCGUUUUGUAACGUAAUUUCUCAAUGAGUACAUCAGAGCUGAUAGUGGGAUACACUGUAACAUGACCUAAUUGCGGGGUGUUACUAGUCUCUGAAGACUUGCUCAGAUGAACUAUCAUAGGAUUAUCCUGCACCUGAAGAUUGGACUUGGUUUUGUCUCUGAUCUAAUAAGGUGCCAAUGUCCAGUAACCAGCAGGCAGCGAGCCCGCUACUUGCUGAUCUUUCUGGCAGCUUUUAAUCUAUGUAUGUUUGUUUGAGAGACUUUUGCCCUUGGGUGUGCUUUGGCAAAGAUUUUGCAAUGAUAAGUAGGAUUUGCUUGAUUCUGGCAGAGCUUCAGAUCUAAGUAACAUGACGUUGCAAGUACCUAAUCUGUUGCUGAAUCCUGUUGCUCUUGUUUUCCCUCAGAUCUUUUUUUUUUUCUGUUAAUUUGUUAUUUUUAAUAGUAAACACUUCUCAAGUGGGCACAAGCUCUUGAGGUGUGAAAAGUAACAGAAAGAGGCAUCAAAGCAUGACUGUGUGUUCUUCCUGUAUAUAUUAAGAUGAAGCUCAAGUAUUCAUUAUCACACAGUAAAAAAUUCUCUUCUAGCUGAUAUUGCCAAAGUACUGUAACUUUCAAGGAAGAAAGGAGGCAGUUUAGGUGUAGAGGGGACGUUUUAAUGAACUACUUAAUUUUAAAAGCUGCAUCAUCACAUUUAACAAGUGGUGAUCCAGCAUUAACUUUAUCACUUGUUUGAGAAACUUGUCUUGACUCUCCGUACCAUUUAGCAGAGGUUCCUGCUGGUAGAGAGCACAGUGUGUAUCCCCCCUUUUUUAUAUGCCUCUUUCCACAGAACUAACCCUGUUCACAAAGUGUUAGCUGGAAGUCCAUGAUUGCUUAUGAAAUGCUACAUUUAUGUGUAGUGGUAAUGGACAAGAUGUCUUCCUUCAUUAUCCUUUAAGCAGAAAUCAGAAUGUAAUUUGCGAUGUCUAAUGUAAAACAUGUUUGUAAUUUUUUUUUUAAUUGAGCAGUAUGAUUGCAAGUUGAGUUAAGUUGUUCUAAGGUACUUUUUUCAAUGGUCUGCCAGUACAUAAUCAUGAAUGAAAAUAUUUUUUUAUUGAUUUUUAGGUUGUAUGUUUAACAUUCCAUUCAUGUAAAAUAUGUAUAAAUAUAUGUAAUAAAUCUUUUGAAGCACA